UUAUAAAAACCAAAACCAAAACCAAAACCAAACAAACAUUAAAAAAAGCAAGCGGCCAAAAAUCUCAGCCAUCCAAUCUCACUUCGUCUCUCUCGCUCGCAAAAUCUCUCCGAUCGAAUCUCUCUCUCAACUCAUCCGAAAAAACAAUGAGUGAUUACGGUGAAAAGACUUGCCCUUUGUGUGCAGAGGAGAUGGAUUUGACUGACCAGCAGUUGAGGCCUUGUAAAUGUGGCUAUCAGAUUUGUGUUUGGUGCUGGCACCACAUAAUGGACAUGGCUGAGAAAGAUCACUCAGAAGGGCGCUGUCCAGCUUGCCGCACUCCAUAUGACAAAGAAAAGAUUGUUGGGAUGACUGUUGAUCAGGAGAGACUGGCCUCUGAUGGCAACAUGGAUCGCAAAAAAACGCAGAAGUCAAAACUGAAACCUUCUGAAGGGAGAAAGCAACUAACCAGUGUUCGAGUGGUUCAAAGAAAUCUUGUCUACAUUGUUGGGUUGCCACUUAAUCUAGCAGAUGAAGAUCUUCUCCACCGUAAGGAAUAUUUCGGUCAGUAUGGAAAGGUUCUAAAGGUUUCUAUGUCCCGAACAACAACGGGUCUCAUUCAACAGUUUCCUAACAACACAUGCAGUGUAUAUAUCACUUAUGGCAAAGAGGAAGAGGCUUCUCGAUGCAUCCAGUCCGUUCAUGGAUUUAUCUUGGAUGGUAAAGCACUGAAGGCAUGUUUUGGGACAACCAAGUAUUGUCACGCAUGGUUAAGAAACGUGGCAUGCAACAAUCCUGAUUGCCUCUAUUUGCACGAGGUUGGCUCUCACGAGGAUAGUUUUACAAAAGAUGAGAUCACAUCAGCCCAUACAAGAGUUCAGCAAAUUACUGGAGCCUCAAAUACCAUGCAAUACCGUUCAGGGGGCAUGCUACCUCCACCAUUGGAUGCUUAUUGCAGUGACAGUUCUACUGCAAAACCAAUUGCAAAAGUUCCUUCUACUACUGCAGUUAGUGCUCCCAAGGGUUCUCCACCUAGUGGGAGCUCUAGUAAAUCAACUGCUCUUCCUGCUGCAGCAUCAUGGGGAGCCCGUUUAACAAAUCAUAAUUCUUUAGCAACUUCAGCUAUGUCAAAUGGGUCUUUGGAAAAUCAGAGAUCAACAUCAGAGAAUGGAACUUUGGUUAUGUCUACAGUUGUUGCAAAUGCAGCUCGUGGGCCUGUAUCGUCUAGUAACACUCUUCAGAAACCAUCUCACAAGGAAGAAAUUCAAAUAUUGGCUGGAAAAAGCAAACCUGGCAUGUUGAAGCCUUCGCAACAUAAGAUUGUAGUGGAUCCAGGGUCCAAGGGAACUACAUCACCUAAUAGAGAUCCUACUAGCAAUCAGAUAUCCUCUUUAGUAGAAUCCUCACACAAUAGCAGAGUCAUUGACAAGCCUUCUGCUGUUGAGAAUUCUUUUGAGCACACAGAUGAAAUUGCUGAAGACCAUGUCCCUGAUGUUAGUAACUUGUCGGCUGAUGUUGCACGGAUGGGGAUGACUACAAUUCCUAAGAAUGAAGGUCCUAGUGUUCCAGUGGCUAUUGGUACUCAUUGUGAUCAAGGUUCUAUUAGACAACCUGGUAACGAUGUAUCAAAUCUGGAGCAGUGUAGAAUGCAUAGAAACACUGAUGCAGAAGCUGACAUAUUACAAAAUGGGAUUCAUGGUUCCAGGCCAGAGUGGGAUUGGAGAUCAGGUUUGCAAUCCCAGAUAGAUGUUAAGUUGAAAGUGGAUGAUCUCUCAUCAUUUAACAACAAUAGGCGAGAUGUUGCAAAGGCUAUUAGCGACUCGUCUUAUAUGUUUAGUUCAUCAAGUUCCGUCCUGGAUUCAAAUAAUCUAGCUUCUCGUUCUUUUCAGACCAGGGAAACUCCUGGUGGGGUGGAUUCUGAUAAUAGAUCCUCCUUUGACAUAGGUAACUACAGAUUACAUCUUCCAAACGGAUUUUCUGAGAAAUCCAUAUCCAAUAUGGAGCAUUCUUUAUUUGCGAAUGAAGGCAGGAACAACAUGCAGAAUACAGAGGAUGAUAUAAUUUCAAACAUUUUAGACUUUGACCCCUGGGAUGAUACCUUGGCAUCGUCACACAAUUUUGCAAAAUUACUUGGCCAGAGUGAUCAUAGAGCCAGUACUCUGGAAUCUUCUAACCUCAUAAAGCAAAAUAAUGACCAGUCCAGAUUCUCUUUUGCUCGGCAUGAAGAGUCAAAUAAUCAAGUGUAUGACAGUAAGAGUUACAGCAUAUCUGGGCAGUUGUCAAGAGAUCAGCCUCUUCAAGAGUUUGGAGUGAACCGUGAUAUGUAUCAGGAUAAGCUUGGGAGUCAAAACGGUUUUGCCUCAAAUUAUUCCGGUGGAUAUGAACAAUUCGCUGCCAUUCCUGGAUUGUCUUCCUACAAGAGUCCUGUGGCGAGGACUCAAGUUUCUGCUCCUCCUGGUUUCUCUGCUCCCAACAGGUUACCUCCUCCCGGUUUCUCUUCACAUGAAAGAGCCGACCUGUCUUCUGAUAUUGGAUCAGGAACUCGUUUGCUUGAGGCAGCCGCUUUCUUGAAGAACACAUAUCAUAUACCACCUCCAAGUGGCAAUUCAAAUGCUGCUGGAGAUAUUGAGUUUAUUGAUCCUGCAAUUUUAGCCGUUGGAAGGGGGAGACUUCACAAUGGGAUGGAAACGGCAGACUUUGAUAUGAGAUCAGGGUUCUCUUCUCAGCUGAAUUCCUUUGAGAACGAUCCAAGACUUCAAUUGUUGGCACAGAGGUCUCUGGCUGCACAACAAGUCAAUGGAUAUCACGAUCCCAGGAACGUUAACAACUUCUCUUCUUCACUCUCCGACCCAUAUGGAAUUAGUUCAAGGCUAAUGGAUCAAACACAAGGAACUGGCUUAUCUCCUUUUACACAGUUGCCUAGACAAACUUCACCAAGUCCAUUGUUGUCAAAUGGUCACUGGGAUAAGUGGAAUGAUCCCCAAAGUGGUAACACUCUUGGGAUUUCCCAGCUUCUAAGGAAUGAACGGAUGGGAUUUAAUGACAAUGUCUACAGCCGUUUUGAAGAGCCUAAAUACCAGAGGCCCAGUCCCGGAGAUCCGUACAACAGAACAUACGGAAUGUGAUUACUUAAAAGAACGAUUGUUUGGCUGAUUCCAAUGUUGGAAGAAUCAUAGUCGAAACUGCUCUGUCUAUUUGUCCAUAUCAAACCAGACCUUAGUAUCAACAAUCGCAAUAUCGGCUUCCCAGGAGUAGUUUAAACUCGAUUGGACACCUUACCUUGUUGGGUGUGUAUGUAUCAGCAAAAAAAAUUUAAUGCUUCAGUGCCAACUGUUGAUUCAGAAGAUGAUUUAGUCUACAUUUGCAUACUUCAGAAGGCUUAACUAGUGACAAACUCCCCUGCAUUUUUGGCGCUACUGUGAAUUUGUUAUCUGUAUAGAAUAUAGAGCUUUCAAGAACAGUACCAGUUUAUGUUUUUGUAUAAAGAAGAGUUGCUGGAAAAAAAAAUGAUCUGUUUCUUGUGCAACUUCUCUUCAACUUUUUCUCCUAAUUUAAUGAAAGAAAUUCACAGAA